UUCUAAUGAAUGGUUAGAAGGACAUCAUGGUUGUGAAUUCCGUGCACUGGUUCCGCAAAGGUCUGCGGCUGCAUGAUAAUCCAGCUCUCCAGGAGGCCCUGAACGGAGCCGACACGGUGCGCUGUGUUUAUAUCCUGGACCCCUGGUUUGCUGGAGCGGCUAACGUCGGAAUCAACAGAUGGAGGUUUCUGUUGGAGGCCCUGGAGGACCUGGAUAGCAGUCUGAAGAAGUUAAACUCCAGGCUGUUUGUGGUCAGAGGACAACCCACUGAUGUCUUCCCCAGACUUUUUAAGGAGUGGAACGUGACCCGGCUGACGUUCGAGUUCGACCCUGAGCCUUAUGGGAAGGAGAGGGACGGCGCCAUCAUCAAGAUGGCCCAGGAGUUCGGCGUGGAGACGGUGGUCAGGAACUCGCACACGCUCUACAGUCUGGACAGGAUAAUCGAGAUGAACAACAACAGCCCCCCGCUGACCUUUAAGCGCUUUCAGACCAUCGUGAGCCGGCUGGAGUUACCCAGGAGACCUCUGGCUCCCAUCAGCCAACAGCAGAUGAGCACAUGUCUCACUAAAAUAUCCGACAACCACGACCAGCUGUACAGUAUUCCUUCUCUGGAAGAGCUGGGUUUCAGGACCGAGGGGUUACCUCCAGCUGUGUGGCGGGGAGGAGAGUCCGAGGCUUUGGACAGACUGGGCAAACAUCUGGACAGAAAGGUGUGGGUGGCCAGCACCCGGGCCAAGACUUGCUCUCUGUACGCCAGUCCAACGGGCCUCAGUCCCUACCUGCGCUUCGGCUGCCUGUCCUGCAGAGUUCUGUACUACAACCUCGGAGAGAUCUACAUGAAGCUCUGUAAACGAAGCAGUCCUCCUCUGUCCCUGUACGGUCAGCUCCUAUGGAGGGAGUUCUUCUACACGGCUGCCACCAACAACCCCAACUUCGACCGCAUGGAGGGGAACCCUAUCUGUGUCCAGAUCCCAUGGGACCAAAACCCAGAGGCGCUGGCCAAGUGGGCUGAGGGUCGGACCGGUUUCCCCUGGAUUGAUGCCAUCAUGACACAGCUGAGGCAGGAGGGCUGGAUCCACCACCGGGCCCGGCACGCCGUGGCCUGCUUCCUGACCCGAGGCGACCUGUGGAUCAGCUGGGAGAGCGGCAUGAAGGUGUUUGAGGAGCUGCUGCUGGAUGCAGACUGGAGCGUGAAUGCCGGCAGCUGGAUGUGGCUGUCCUGCAGCGCCUUCUUUCAGCAGUUCUUCCACUGCUACUGUCCCGUGGGCUUCGGGAGGAGAACCGACCCGUCUGGAGACUACAUUAGGCGUUACGUCCCCAUCCUGAAGGACUAUCCGAACCGCUACAUCUACGAGCCGUGGAACGCUCCCGAGUCUCUGCAGAAGGCGGCCAACUGCGUGGUGGGAGUGGACUACCCCAAACCCAUGAUCAACCACGCCGAGGGCAGCCGGCUGAACAUUGAGCGCAUGAAACAAGUGUACCAGCAGCUGUCCCACUACAGAGGACUCAGUCUUCUGGCUUCGGUUCCAACGAUCCAGGAGGAGGCGGAGCCACCGAUGACAGAUGAGUCUCAGACCAGCAGUGGACCUGAUUCUCCUCACAUAGACCUCGCUGACGUGGAACCUGCUCCAGAAUCUUCCUCCUCUGAGGCGUCUCGUGGUCUGCCCGGACCGAGUCUCUGCACCUCCUCUAGCAUGGCCCACAGUCCCCCAUUCAGGUCCAAACCCAGAAGCCAAAGACAGCGAGGACAACAGAGCUGCCCGCAUGCUGGUAGAGAGGAUGAGGAGGAGGAGAUGAUGAUGCAGGAGGAGGAGGAGCCACUGGACACAUCAGGCGCAUCGUAGGAGAACCCUCUGAUCUGGAACCACGGGGAACCAACCCUUUGGAUCCAAGCAUACAGCCAGGAGGAGGCGAUGAGAAAAGUUUUUGAUCCAACUCGACUCCAGUGAAGAGGAGCUGAACUGCUGCCACAGCAUGUUGAGUUCUCGUGUACAGCUCUGCCUCAGACCCGCGUAGCUUCUGGGGCUCCAGAACUUUCAGCCCAACGAGCCGUCCGACACCGUGCGGGUCCUAAAUCGGGUUCAGACAGAUUCACGAUGAAACGUUUGGAUUUUCUGUGAAACAAAAACGUUUUUGCUCCUAAUGUUGAAGGAAAAGAUUUCUGACUUUGUUCUUUCUGAGGUUCAGUGAACGCAUCAUCACAUGGAGCAGGACUUCAGGUGGCACCGAGACAGAACCUGCAGAUCUGAACGGAUCGCUGCACCCUGUCCUAUAAAAACUCUAAAUGCACUCAUGUACAGAACAAUAGAUUUUAUUUAUAUUUCUCCUUUAAUUGUUUAAAGUUUUAUUUUCCGUAUUUUAAAAUUCAGAGGCUGAAGUAAAAAAAAAAAAAAAAAGAUUUUAUCUGUAGAUUUAUUUUCCUGCAGUUUAAGCAAAA